AAAAUGGCAGGGAAAGGAAAGGGUGGUCUUGACAAAAAUAAUAAAUAUGAUCGACAAAUAAGAUUGUGGGGUGACCAUGGACAAACUGCAUUGGAACAAGCUCGGGUGUGUUUGAUAAAUGCCACAGCAACUGGGACUGAAACUCUGAAAAAUUUAAUUCUACCAGGAGUUGGAUCAUUUACUAUCGUGGAUGGAAAUAAAGUGAAAGGAGAAGAUGUUGGCAAUAACUUCUUUUUGUCUCAAGAAUGCAUUGGAGAGUCUAGAGCAAAAAUUGCAACAGAACUUCUGAAUGAAUUAAAUGAUGAUGUCAGUGGAAACUUUGAAGAUGAGUAUCCAGAGUCAUUACUACAAAAUAAUCCAGACUUCUUCAAAAAAUUCACAAUUGUCAUUGCCACUGGUCUAUCUGAAAGGGUACUUCUACAGUUGGCUGAUGUUUUAUGGAAGCAGUCAGUUCCUCUACUUGUAUGUCGCUCCUACGGUUUUAUCGGAUAUAUGAGACUCGUUGUCAGGGAACACACAGUGAUAGAGUCCCAUCCUGACAAUGCACAUGAAGACCUUCGAUUAGACCGGCCUUUUCCUUCCCUCGUUAAAUACUGUGACAGUCUUCAUCUGGAGACCAUGGAUAAAAAAGAUCAUUCACAUACACCCUGGUUAGUCAUAAUCUACAAAUAUCUCCAGGAGUGGAAAAAACAGCAUGAUGGUUUACCACCCCAGAACUAUAAAGAGAAAAACCAGCUGAAACAGAUGAUAAAGGAAGGUAUUAGGAAAAAUGCAGAGGGUGUUCCAGAAAUUGAGGAAAACUUUGAUGAAGCUGUGAAAAGUGUUAACCUUGCUUUAGUUCCAACAAAAAUUCCUACAGAGGUUGAACAAUUAUUUAAUGACCCAUGUGCAAUGAAUCUCACAUCAGAGAGCAAACCAUUUUGGAUUUUGUUAAGAGCUGUAAAAGAAUUUGUUGAAAAUGAAGGAAAAGGUGCGUUACCGUUACGUGGAUCCAUUCCCGACAUGACGGCAGACUCUGAGAGAUAUAUACAGCUUCAGAAUGCGUACAUAGAGCAGGCCAAUAAAGAUGUAGCCACUAUAACAGACAAGGUCAACAUGUUAACCUCCAGUCUAGCUAAGGGGCUAGAGCAGAGGGACUUGGGGCCUGAGUUUACACAUGGUGUCUCAAUAUCAGAUCAGGAAAUCAAAUUAUUUUGUAAAAAUGCUGCGUUUGUUCGAGUCUUGAGGUGUAGAAGUUUAGCUGAGGAAUAUGAAAGUCAAGCAGUGAACACUCAAGACAUUGGAUCCCAUCUUGAGGAUGAGGAUGGGGAGAGUGAACUGAUUUUUUACCCCCUUCUGAGGGGGGUCAACAGGUUUUAUGAGGAGUACAAUCGAUACCCGGGGGAGGACAAUGAUCAGGUGGAACCCGAUGUUCAGCUUCUCAAGGGAAUUAUUAUCAAAUUAAUUCAUGAAUGGGGAUUAACAUCCACUGUCAAGGAGGACUAUAUACAUGAAAUAUGUCGUUAUGGUGCCUCAGAACUCCACACGGUGGCUUCCUUCAUGGGUGGAUGUGCCGCUCAGGAAGUGAUCAAGAUAAUCACCGGACAGUUUAUCCCCCUAAACAAUACCUUUAUUUAUAACGCUGUCAAACAGACUUCUAUAUCAGUAACACUGUAGAAUCACCGACUGUCGGGCAUUGUUUUAUGUAUGUGCCUAGUUUUACCUCAACUUGACACUUAAAAUUAGUGCUGCAGAGAUUUGCCAGAGGAAUUUUAAUGUUCUUGUGCAAUGGAAUUGCUCUAUUAUUAUUUAUGUGAUUCAAAGAAAAUUUCUAUCAGUAAGUACCUCAUGCUUUAUCGUAUGAUACAUGUA